GUUGCUGCCAGUCAAAACGUUGACACAGUGGAUCCGUCGAAGGCAUCGAUCAUGGGCGGAAAGAGUCGCGCUGCAAUGCGUCGUGAGAAGAAAAGGAAGCAGAAAGGGGCCUCGUCUACGUCCUUAGAUGAUGUAGCCGCAGUUACGGCCUCUGGUAAGCCUCAGAAGCGCCAGCAGAAGACCAUUUAUGACAGUGACUCGGACUCGUCCGAUGACACCAACCGUGCCGCUGCCAUCCCGCUGCCAUCGCUGGAGGAUGGAGACAAGGUGCGCGACUUUGUAAAAGAACUAGAGACGCAGCACAAACCUACAGGAAAACGUGCACGGGCUGAAGCCGAGCAACACGCGGUGGAUCAGCGCAAAAAGAGAUUCCGCGAGGAGAAAGCCGAGAAGAUCGUGUGGCGUAAGUUUGACAGAGAAAACCGGGCCUUCGAGAAGUUCUACGAGCGCUGUCUGGGACUGGAUAAGGACGAGUUCGCCCGCUUUUUGGCCUGUUUAAAGGAGCCACUGCCUGUGCAUCUACGGGUAAAUGGCAACUACACGAGUCUGAGUGAGAUCGUGACGGGAUCGUUGGAACUGGACUUUGAUCUGAGGGAAGUGACUGUACCCACACCGGUAGGAGGCGGUGAGAUGCACGUGCAGUUUGGACCUGAAGCUUGGGCACCCGAGAAGAGACUGUGGAAGCUGUCGGUGGACAGCAAGAUGUUCCGCAAGGUGGAAGGCCUCCGAUCUCUAAGUACGUACGUGCGCGCGCAGGGCUCACUGGGUACGCUUCUUCGACAGGACCCGGCUGCGACUGUGCUCCCGGCAUUCUUAGAUGUUCAGCCUGGACAACGUGUGCUUGAUCUAUGCGGUGGCGGCGAACACCGUGCACCCAUUGUGAAAGAAUACCUAUGUCCUGGCUCCCCUGCCAGUGCUGGUAUUGAAACCAGCUCCAGUGCCAAGAAUGUGCUGGUUGUGAAUGAACGGGACGCCACGGUGGCGGCGUCUGCUGUGCGAAACUUGACACGAACGCUGCCGCUUGCUUGCGACCUCAUUGUUAGUGCACAUAAGCCGGAGGAUUUCCCAGUUCCGGGAAUUGCUGAUGCUCUGUUUGACCGUGUGAUUUGCUGUGCCCCGUGCUCUGGCGAUGGAUUGAUUCGUAAACUUCCCGAGAAGUGGCGUACGUGGAGUCCGGAGCAGGCGCUGGUGCACCACCCCAGCCAACUUGGUCUAGCUGAACACGCAGUGAGUCUGCUACGCACUGGCGGUGCUCUUCUGUACAGUACGCGAUCGCUGAACCCGAUUGAGAACGAGGCUGUCGUAGCUGAGCUGCUUCGCCGCUCGAACGGCGCGUUGGAACUUGUAGAGACCGACGAUAUUCUGGAAGGUCUAGAGCGCUCGCACGGCCUAAGUCAGUGGGAUGUAUUAGACUUGGCGUCCUGGGAUGACGCAUCGGAGGACCAGAGACAUCGUCUCCGUCCGUCUAUGUGGCCACCUUCAAACGAAGAAUGUGACGAGAUGCACCUAGAUCGCUGUGUCCGCCUGUUACCUCAUCAGAACGAUACACACGGUCUCUUCCUCGCGGUUAUCCGUAAGACUCGUGAGGCUGACAAUGCUGUCGUAGCUGUUGGACCUGCAUUGCCCCAGUCCAAGACUAAGACGAAGUCAAAUGUGUCGAAGAACAAGAAGCAGGCGAAGGCUGAAAAACCUUUUGGCAGCUUCACACCCAUCGGCCAGGAACAUCUGGCAUCGAUUCGAUCCUUCUUCGCGCUUCGCAGCAGCUCAGCCUUCUUGGAGCGGGCAAAUAUGGCUCGCCAGAAGCGUGCAGUCCAUGUUGUCACCCCUGCAGUAGCAGAGCUGGUAACGAACCAGCUUCGAGGACGGUUAAGUAUCUAUCACGCAGGCGUGUUCGCGCUACGACCAGGUACUGGAGUCGAGGCUGUUGCUGACGAGCUCACAGAUGAUGGUGCUAGAACAUUGCUUCCCGAGAUGAACAAGCGAGUAUUAAAUUUGCCGCAAGAUGAGUUCACGUCGUUCUUGGAGUCGCGCGAGAUGUGGCUGAAGAAUGCCGGGGAGCACGCCCGUGAACAGCUUGCGCAGAUGACUGAGGGUAGCCUUGCUGUAGCACUGGACGACAUGGAACCUGCUCAAACGGGUGACCGAGACAUCGUGCUGGUUGCUGUUAAGCGACACAACUCGUGCUCGAUUGUGUCGUCUCCUGCGGCGAUUGCACGGAUCAAAGCGCUUCUAGAGGAACUCAACGAUACAGGUGGCGAUGAGGAUGGCUACGACUCGUUUGAGUUUGAAGACGAAUAG